AUGGCAUCGUUUAUGAGAUGUUAUGGAUCUUUUCGGUCUGUUGUUGGAGGACUUUUGCAAACUAAUAAUAAGUUCCCAUCUUUAGCCCAAAAGUUGAGCACCAGUCAAAUCAAGUGUCAACAGGAAUUGCCGGAAGAGGACACACCAGAGGAAACAACAACUAAAACCUCGCAGCGGAUCAAUAUUGUAUCGCCUGAGACAAGUAUCAGAUAUAUGAACAGUGAAGCAUACAAAUUAGCUUAUGGUGACAAACUUGUAUGGGAAUUAUACAGAAGAAACUUUAAGGGACAGUAUCCACCUCCAACGAGGAAGACCUGCAUUAGGGCAGGUCAGAUAUCAACAGGUAAUCCUUGUCCCAUUUGUAGGGAUGAAUAUUUGGUGUUGCAUCAUACUAACAUUAAACUUUUGGAGCAAUUCAUCAGUCCAUAUUCAGAAGAAAUUCUUCCUUCAAUCAAAACUGGAAUUUGCAAAAAACAAUACAAGAAACUUUUAGUGGAAGUGGCCAUUGCCAGAGAUUAUGGUUUCCUUGAAGAAACAGUGCCAUUCCGAAAAUACACAAGAAGCGAUCAUGAAUAA